GUUCAUUUUGAGACAAGCUAACUACAUCUCCUUCAGCUGCUUAAUUAUCUUACACAUCAGAAACGAGAGAAGAAAGAUCAAUGGAGACAAAAUCAUUUAAAGUAGAUGAAGAAGCACAAGCACAAGUGGAUAUAUGGAAAUAUGUGUUUGGUUUCACUCCAAUGGCUGUGGUCAAAUGUGCCAUUGAACUCCAAAUAGCAGAAGUCUUGGAAAGCCAUGGUGGGGGCAUCACACUUUCCGAGCUAUCUGCUGCUCUUGGCUGCUCGUCUUUGCCCCUCAACCGCAUAAUGAGGUACUUGAUGCACCGUGGGAUUUUUAAGCAGGAGCUCACAACCCAAGAAUCAGAAAUUUGCUACGUCCAAACGCCGCUUUCCCGUUUGCUAAUAAGAAACGGAGGGAAUAGCAUGGCUGAUUUUAUUCUGCUUGAAAGCAGUCCAGUGAUGCUUUCUCCCUGGCAUAGACUGAAAAGUGCUUUAACAAGUGGAGCUUCAUCAUUUGAGGCUGCACAUGGUGAGGAUGUAUGGGAGUAUGCAGCGGCAAAUCCGUCCCACAGCAAGCUAAUCAAUGAUGCAAUGGCCUGCCAUGCAAGGCUGGCUAUGUCAGCAAUUAUCAACCGGUAUCCUGAGGCAUUUAAGGGGAUCAGCUCAUUGGUGGAUGUUGGUGGUGGCAAUGGGACUGCUCUCCAGAUUUUGGUGAAGGCCUGUCCCUGGAUUCGUGGGAUAAACUUCGAUCUGGCUCACGUCGUAUCUGUGGCCCCACAAUAUGAUGGUAUUGAGCAUGUCAGUGGCGACAUGUUUGAAAUCGUUCCGAAUGCUGAUGCUGCUUUCCUCAUGUCUGUACUACAUGAUUGGGGUGAUGAUGAGUGCAUAGACAUAUUGAAAAAUUGUCGAGAGGCUAUUCCGAAAGACACAGGAAAAGUGAUGAUUGUAGAGGCAGUAAUGGAUGAAGGAGAAGAGGAUGAGUAUGUGGAUGUACGUUUGGCGUUGGACAUGGUGAUGCUGGCUCACACGGAGAAAGGAAAAGAGAGGAGUAGAAAAGAAUGGGAAUAUGUAGUGAAGGCAGCUGGGUUCACCAGGUUCACGGUCAGACACAUUCAAACUGUUUUAUCUGUUAUUGAGGCGUAUCCAUGACUGAAAACUUGGAACACCAAUUCUAUGCUUUUUAUAUUGUGGUCUUGAGCAUUGCUUGUGUUGUGUUGUUGAAUGAAUAAGAAGUUGAUGAAUUAGAGGGCAGGCAUGUCUGAUUGUUAACUUACUGCUGGCUUUUCCUUUGUAUUUUCCAUGUCUGAUUGCAAUAACAGAAACAGACAUAGCUGAGUGUGGCGUAUUUAUUUUGA